GCCAUAUUUCUUCUUCAACUUUUUCCUUAUCGCACUUUGUCCGACAUGGAUUUUCAAAACCGCGCAGGAGGAAAAACGGGCUCGGGUGGUGUAGCUUCGUGGUCAGAAUCGAAUAGAGACCGUCGAGAACGUCUGCGACAGCUUGCUUUAGAAACAAUCGAUCUCAACAAGGAUCCCUAUUUUAUGAAAAAUCAUCUUGGUUCUUACGAAUGCAAAUUAUGUCUUACUCUUCACAACAAUGAGGGAAGCUAUCUUGCCCAUACCCAAGGAAAAAAACAUCAGUCAAAUCUGGCUCGUCGAGCUGCUAAAGAAGCAAAGGAGGCCCCAGCUCAACCAGCACCUGAAAAACCAAGAGUAUCUGUUAAAAAGUUUGUUAAAAUUGGUCGUCCUGGCUACAAAGUUACAAAGCAGAGAGAUUCCGACACUGGACAGCAUAGUUUACUCUUUCAGGUGGAUUACCCAGAGAUAGCAGAAGGCAUCACUCCAAGACACCGUUUCAUGUCAGCCUAUGAACAGAGAAUUGAACCUCCUGACAAGGCGUGGCAGUAUCUCCUGUUUGCAGCAGAGCCGUAUGAAACAAUAGCAUUCAAGAUUCCAAGUCGGGAAAUUGACAAAGAUGAAGGGAGACUUUGGACUGAAUGGAAUAAAGACACAAAACAGUUUUUCCUUCAGUUUCAUUUCCGGUUGACUCCCAUUCAAAUUCAACAGCAACAGCAGAAGAGAAGUGUCAAUCAGCCAGGUGUGCCACCAGGUUUAGCCCCACCUCCUCCGAGGAACAUUCCAUCUGCCAAUCCACUCAACCCAUUUGCUCAGCGCUGAUAAGCUAUGUUGUUUAUGUUAACUUUUUAGGACCAUGCUUUCUUUUUGACACUUUGAGUUUGACCAAAAAGUAAAAUUGAUUUAGGAGACUCUUAAAUACUAUCAUCUAUGUAAUAAAGUGGAAUUUACAACUUGG